AUGAGAGCUGCCCAAGAACGAUCUUCGACAGACGACAAAAGUCAAAAGCAGCUGAACGGCGAGUUGAACGAAUACAAAGGGCCUCUGACUCGAUCAAGAGCGAGAGCACUCGAACUCAACCCCACAGUGCUUACAUGCCUCAUGCUAUUCUCCCUGAUUCUGUCAACAAAUGCAGCUACACCAGCAACGGCAUGUGGAGAACCGAAACAAGGUAUAUCGGUGCGUUUUCCACUUCUGCGAGAUUGUCACGUCAUGGAACGACAUCAGAGAAGCGUGUGGGCGAAAGCAUCCAUCUACACGAGAAAGUAUGUUACAACUACAGCCUUCUCAUGCACCAACCACUCACGAACAAUAUGUACAAAUUCAUUUCUCCACUGGACAUUGAAGGUAACUUCCGAUUUCGUAAACGUUUCUGGUAUCGCACCUGAACUGUGCUCCCAACUGGCUGAAACCAAAGAAUUCGAUGGGCGUGCACUGAUUCAACGUUCAAAAGAUCGAUGGGAAACAGACUUUCCCGAAUCCUUUUCCUUCGGAUUUCUCGGAACGCGGUGCAAAACAACGUCCAACUACAUCAUUCAAUUCGGUUCGGUAGCAAUCUAUGCUGACGACAGAUUAAUCAAAACCAAUCUUAAUUCAUCCGAAUGCAAAUCAGCGAACGGCGUAUGUAUUACCGACCACACUCUAAUCUGGAAUGCGACCGACAUCAAGUCGCAGUGCCACUAUGAACUCAUAGGAACAUACGACACGUAUAGCACAGAACAUUUCGUCAGCGUGGAAGAAUUGGAAGCGUCCUUCAGGUUUCGCCAUUACAUCAGAUCUAUCCCUGAAUGUAAUCUGAAGCGCGCAUACUCAAUGGAAAACGACUUUCUCGUUGUGUUCCAAAACCGUAAUAUACGUGGAGAAUUUCAAAAAUGGAUCAAAGCCAACCCGAUACAAGUCAGGCGCAUGAACGAAGAACACGACAUAUCGGUACCACAAAAACUACCGCAGUACGUUGAAGACAAACUCGUCAAGAAAGAAGCACACUCCGUUUUGGGUCAUUUCUGGGAAUAUCCUGAAACUCUUCACGAUCCAGUAAAUGCAAAACUGCAAUACAUCUACAAUAUCCUCAGAAAUCAAAUAAACCGAAAAUUCCCUUCAAUGGAGCGCUCAGUGUGCGAAACCAACAACGCCAUCACGCUCGUCGCGAGAGCCAGUCCUCCAACUACCGCUGCAAGAAUCUUAUUGCAACGAAUAGAUGUCGUAGCUGUGAAAAAAUCCGAAGACACGUUACUUGUGGCCGUAUGUCACAAUUUAUCAGCUACGGAACAAAAUGCUACGGCCUUAUCAACAAUUGAACCAGUAAUCGCAGAGUACACCUUCAAGUCUAGUCCUCUGCCCGCAUUGGAAAAACAACGAAUUAACAUGGCACUGUCACUCCUCGACUCCGAACUGGAACGAUCGCAAGUAACCAUCGGUUCGGGCCAAUCCGAGCAGGAUACAAUCGACGCAAUAAGAGAUGAAGGCGAACGAUUACUGUGGGAAGCAGAACGUCAAAUUGGAAAGGCAUCCGAUGAAAUACAACUCAUCCUGGAUGGAAUUAGCAGGAACGCAAUUGUAAUCACGGCCUCCGUCAUCACCAUUCUAUGCUUCAUUGCAGGUACGAUCAUUUAUUGUAGAUACAAAGGACGCGUGAACACAAACAGCGAUGUUCACAUUCAAAUACAAACAAACGGUGACGAUGCGCGAUGUGACCAACCUGUACUAGAACUCAAGCCCAUGGAAUCACAGCCACAAAGCAGUCAUCGAAGCAUAUUCUCACCGCCCACCCCAAUUGGAAAAUCGUGCUCGUAA